AUUCAAUGAAAUGACCUGAUAUUAUUGCUAUUAAGCAGUGGAUGAUAUACUUGGUGAAUACAAUUAUCAUAAAUGAAUAAAUAUAUUAUUAAUAGUAAUAUAAAAUGAUUAUUAUAUGAUAAAUAAACAUAUGAAUUUGACGAAUCUUUGAAAAGUACAUUCAUAGAGAUGAGAACGAUACCAGCUAAGUGAAGAGAAGGAUAAGUAUAAUUUUGUUAAAAGAUUAAAUAAAUAUACAGAAUACUUUUGUACAUUAAAAAGUAGUACAUACAGUACCACCGUAAGAAAAAGGUCAGGGAGAUUACAAUCUUUGACACUUGUUCAAUGCAACAUCCUCGUAAUGUAAUACGAUCUUUACGAUCAUUAAUAAAACUGUUACUAUAUUCUUAUGUCAACAAUGCAACCUGAACUUCAAACAAAUUCAACAUUGUAUAAAAAAUCUUUUCCAUCAUUUAAAGAACCCAAAAUUAUAGGAUAUGUUGGUUACGAAAAUGUUUUGUUUGCUAAAACUGUAGAAAACAAAGAAGUCAAAUUAGAUUUGGAUUUUUUAAGGAACAAAGCUGUGCUUAAGCCUCAUUGUUUAGAUGUUAAAUUAAAUGAGCUUUUAAAGUUUUUACUACAAAAUGAAAUACGGUUAAAUCUAUGCCUAAAUGAUGUGAUAAAUAAAGCGCAAUUUUUAUGCUAUAGAGGUUUAAUGACUUGUAUUGCAAGUACUCCAUAUGAAAGAAAAGAGGGGUGGAGACUGUUUGCAAUUCUUUUUAAAGGCAACAUUUAUUUAUGUGCAAGAGAAACGGAAGAAAAGCAAAAAAAGAAACAGAAUUUUACAGAACAGGAACAAAAGUUUACAUCAUGGGGAUAUAAAUUUGAGCAAUAUAUUUUAUCAGAAAGUCCUCAUGCUGAGCCCAACCCUAAUUUACCUCUUGAUGAAAAUAAAGAAUUUUCCUUGAUUUUUAAAACACAUUUAAAUAAACAUGAUAUAAUAUAUGGUGCAGAAAUGGAUGGAAUUCGAUGUGAUAAAACUAGUGUAGAAUCACCUCCGGACAUAGAUGAUGGAAAAGAUGUUAUUAUAAACUAUUUGUCAAAACAGAAGUUUAUAGAAUUGAAAACUAACAGACAUAUUGAAUUUCCCCAUCAGGAAAGAAACUUUAGGUUUUUCAAAACAAAAAGAUGGUGGUUGCAGUCAUUUCUUGCUGGUGUCAAUACAAUUUUAUGUGGAUUUAGAAAUGAUGAGGGUAUUGUUGAAGAAUUAAAAGUAUUUGAAGUAAAUGAUCUACCAAAAAUGUCACAGAGAUUCUGGAAUCCAAAUGUCUGUUUCAAUUUCUUAGAAAACUUUUUGACAUAUGUUAAAGAAUGUUUAACACGAGAAAUACGACAUAAAUAUGGAGAAAGGGCUUUACAUAAAAUACAUGCACUUCCCUUGAUAAGCUUGCAUUUUGAAUGGAACCCAGGUUCACCAGUUCGUGUGACAGACAAUUACGUAUAUGAAGAUGAUCCGAUAUUGCCGAGUUGGUUUACCGAAAAUUUUAUGACCUUUAGAUACGACGAAUGAUGAGCAUUCGGUGAGCUUUGUUGUAAGAAAUAAUAUAAUUUAAUAAUUCAGUAAAUGUUUUCAUCUUUUUUAUGUACGAUUCAUUUAU